CAAUACAGAAGAGAGGCUGAGUUGAUGUGCUUUGAGAAAACGCCCCCUUGUUUGUGAGGGAAGGACAGCAGCGGCUAGUAAACCGUUGGAGAGGGAGUUGGUUGUGGUUCAGCACACUCUGCCAGCAGUUCAAGAGGAUAAACUGAGACCAUGAAGAGCUUGGAGCUGCUGCUGUUGCCUCUGCUGCUUAUCCUGAAAGAUGUAAGUGCUCAGUGGAAUGUAUGGAUGCCCAGAGACAUUUCAGCCAUGACAAACUCCUGUGUGGUUAUACCCUGUUCAUUCACAUACCCCUCUGGCGUCAGGCCUUACAGAGGGAUCCAUGGGAUCUGGUAUUUCGGCCACCCCUACCCCCAGCUUUUCCCCCCAGUGGUGUAUAAGUCACGCACAGAUAUUGUCCAUGAAAGCUACAAGGGACGGACCAGGCUCCUUGGUGACUUGACUCAAAAAAACUGUACCCUGAUGAUAAGUAAUGUUGGCGUGGAACAUUCUGGGAGGUAUUACUUCAGGGCAGACCUGGGUGGUGCAAACAUCUACACUUUUCCUGACUUUACAAAACUACAGGUGUUGGAUCAGCCCAACAUCGAUGUUCCAGAGGAGAUUGUUAGUGACCAAAGCCUGGAUUUGACCUGUUACGUCCCAGACAAUUGUCCAGACAUGAGUCCACAGAUCCAGUGGAUGUACACAGAGGACCUGCCCAACCCUCUAUUUAACCCUGACAAUGUUGAGGACAGCAACACUGCGGUACUGUCCAGCACCCUCACCUUCACACCCAAACCCAUGCACAAUGGCCAGCUGCUGGGCUGCAGGGUACACUACGAAAACACCACCUUUGUCUAUGAACGCCUCAUUUCACUGGACAUCAAGUAUGCCCCUCGAUUUGCGUGGGUGAAUGUGUCUCAAGAGGUAAUGGAGGGAAGCUCGGUGGUCCUGCACUGUGAUGUGGACAGUAAUCCAACCCCCACAAUAACCUGGUAUUUUGGAGACACAGAGCUGAGGUCGGAAGUUGCUUCAAACUCUUCGCUGCCUCUGGACAACCUAACCCCAGAGGAGGAUGGUGUCUAUACUUGCGUUGGUGACAAUGGCUACGGCAGCAUGAACGCAUCCAUGUAUUUGGCAGUAAAUUAUCCUCCACGGGAGCCGUGGAUCAAUGAAUCUCAAACAUUGUUGGAGGGAUCUUCAGUUGCUCUACAGUGCAUCAGCAAAGGUAACCCAAUGCCCACGCUGACCUGGCUGAAGGAUGGGAAACUGGUGGGCACUAUCACAGCAGAGGAGGGGUCUGUGCUUGAGCUGCAGAAAGUCACGCCUCAGGACCACGGAGUCUACCGCUGUCUAGCUGAGAAUGAACACGGACGGGCCAGUAACUCACUUAACAUUACUGUAGAAUUUGCCCCUGUCCUCCUUGACGACUCUAAAUGCACCAUUGUACGUGAGGGCGUUCAGUGUGUCUGUAUUGCCUCUGGAAACCCUGAGCCUGUGAUUGAGUUCUUCCUGCCUGACCUCAACAUCACCAUCAAUGACUACAAUAACACAUUUAACUACCACACAUACUCAGAUGGGUACACGUCCACGGGCAUCAUCAAGCUCCAGGACAAGGGUGAAAGGGGGAACAAUGGUGAUACCGCUGUCCAUGUGCACUGCAGCAUCAGCAACACAUAUGGCUCUGAGACCAUCCCUUUGGGACUGCAGCAAGAGAAAAAGUUCAUGAUGGCUGUCAUAGUGGGGACUAUUGGAGGUGUGGCAGUAAUCGCCUUCAUCAUUGCAGCUGUGCGAUACGUUGGUCAGAAUAAUAAAAAAGAGAAUGGUAACCCUGGGCAGGACGUGGGAUCUAAAGUGGAGAAUCCCUCAAUGUUCUACAGCGCAGUCAAGAAGGACAAACAGAGUCUCAGGAAAAAAGUGCUUAAGACUGAGCUCCUGGGCUCAAAGUUUAACUCCAUCCUAGAAGAAGGCACGGGAGACGACAGUGAUUACCAAUCUGUUGGCCCAAUUGCAGGCAUGGAGAGGCAAGAGCUGAACUAUGCCACCCUAGAGUUUCUACAUGGACGACAUCUGGAGGGAGGCUUCAGGAGGGCUAAUGGUGACAGCGGUGACUACACUGAAAUUAAGGCCAAAUGAACCGCGAUUCUUCCCUGAUGCCUCAACCAAACGGGACACAGUGGCCACUAGGGCCCAAUAAUUCCCACUGCCCCACAAAUUUCCUAUUUCACCCAUUUUAAAUGUGGCCUUUUCAAGGGACAGUGGUCUCGGACAGUUAACAGACAAUGAGUCUGAGGCUGUUUUAGAUUGCAUUCUCUUAUGUCUUCAAGGUUCUGGGAAAUAUAUGUUCCCUUUUCAGUGAAAGAUACUGUACAGCAGAGUUUCUUUAUAUAUUUAUUAAUGAUUUUGUUUAUUUACACCCAUUCUUGACUGUAACCAUACCAUAUAUGUUGUCUUUCAAUCAGAUAUGAGAGGUUUUAGUAUUCUCCUGGUUUCAAAGACAAUACUUUCCAAAAGGAAGGGUGUUUUUCCCAAGAGUUACAGUAGAGCUUAUAGUCUGAAGCAAGCUUAUGGGAAAUGGUAUGGUUUGCAGGUGAGUCUCAGUCACUAGUGGUCCUUUUAACUGUGUCCGCUGUAAGUCGAAGCAUCAGGGAACGAGGUGCUAUGUGCGCCUCGACAUAAUUUAUAAGCACUAUCCCAACUCUGGGUACGUCUUGAAGGCCUAACACUCUCUAAAAUACAGCAGUUGUUUCAGUCUUUUUCUGAGUGUAUCGGUCUUCAUCCACAUUUCAAUAUUCAUCCACUGAAACUUUUAUCACAUGCCCAGAAGUGUUUGUUAAAGGAAUAGUUCACUUAAAAAAAUGAAAAUUCCGUGAUUUCACCCUCAUUUUGUUCCAAAGAAUUUCACAAGAAACCUGUGUAGUUCCAAACCGGUAUGAUAUUCUUUCUUACGUAAACGUAAAAGAAGAUAUUUUUUAGAAUGUUGGUAACCCAAUGAUUGCUGGCAGCCAAUGACUUCCACACUGUAGAAAAAAUACUACAGAAGUCAAUGUCUACCAUCAACUAAAAUAUCCUCUUUUGUGUUCGGCAGAAGAAAGAAACUCAUACAGGUUUGGAACAACAUGAGGGUUAGUAAAUGAUGACACAAUGUUCAUUUUUGGGUGAAUUAUUCCUUUAAAUUAAUACUCGUUUUAUUUUUCAUUUAUACUGUAUCUUCACUUAUUUGUAUUUGUAAAUGAAAACAGGCCAGUAACUGGAUUGAAAACUGGUUUAUUGAAUGGUUGCUGGAUUUUGUUUGUCCAAACUACUUUGUACCCUUUUAUUCAGACAUAUAUUUGUUUUAAAUGUUCCAAGUACAGUACAUUAAGGAGCAAACUCCCCCUGAUAAUAAUCCAGUCAAUCUGAUAGGAUGUAGUCGGCUAUAUGAUAAUGCCUGAAGGUCAUCCCUGCUCCAGCACACAUUGCAAUCUAAUACGGUUAUCAAGCUGACAUUUGAUAAAGCAGAAAGUCCGAUUAAAUAAUGGAUGAUUGUUGCUCAUCCUUUGAAACUGAAUAAGAAAUAAGCACCAUUUAGGAAGGUAUCACUUUACCUAAGGUGCUUGAAAUAAAUGUAAUGGUUCAUGUAAUCAUGUAAUCCUCUGGUAAGGUUGUGUUGAUAGUUGUUUGUUAGAUGGUCAGUAUAUGCGAUUAGCCCUUGAAAUGCAAUUUGACUAACAGAUUAAUGAGUCAUUAUGAUCUUAAAUUAAUCAAGUUUAACAUUUCUAAAGCAUUCAAGGCACCUUGGUAGGAUACCAAUUUAUGUAAAUACUCUGCAUGAUAUAUAGUUCUGUGUUGUGAACCUUUGACCACACAACAAGAACAUACAUUGUGCAACAAUGGUGUAUAUUUUGCAGAAAAUCACACACACAAAGGCAUUAUAUGUGCAUAUACAAUUAGUAACAAAGACGGUCCAAGUUUGAAGAUGUAUACACAGAUAUUUAUUUGUAAGCAAACCGAUUCAGGGGCGCAUUAGUUGGUCAAACCUAAUUUUUCACUUUGAGUGUUGUAAAGAAUAUUUGUAUGUUUCUCACUGUGUGAUGGCAAUAAUAAUGAACACAUAAUGUUGUUUCCUUAUU